GGUCGGGAGGCAGGGCGGGGUCGGCUCCGCGGCUCGAGGGCCUUCCGCUCACCGACUGGAGCCUUCCCGCUCCGGUCCCAGCGACGCCAUGGAGCCCCGGGCGGUUGCGAAUGCCGUGGAGGCGGGGGAGGAGGCCGCAAUGAUGGAGGCCCUGCGGACGUACAACCGGGAGAACUCGGAGAGCUUCACGUUUGAGGACGGGCAGCGGGAAGACAGGAAGAGACUGGCCGGCCUGCUGGUGUCGGCCCUGGAGCAGGGCCUGCCGCCCUCUCGACGCGCCACUUGGCUGCAGAGCCUUCGCAUCCUGUCCCGGGACCGCGGCUGCCUGGACCUGUUCACCAGCCGCCCGAGCCUGCAGGCCCUGGCUCGCUGUGCUGGCAUCUUCGUGUCCGAGGGACCUGACCCUGAGUCUCCAGACAUGGACAUUGUGCUUGAGGCCCUCAAGUGCCUCUGCAACCUCGUGCUGAGCAGCCCCGCGGCACAGGCGUUGGCUGCCCAGGCCUGCCUGGUAGUAAGGCUCUCAGAGCGUGUGCGGCUCUCCGGGCAGCGGAGCUUCCCGCAUGAUGUCCAGUUCUUUGACUUGCGGCUACUCUUCUUGCUGACGGCACUGCGCACUGACGUGCGCCAGCAACUGUUUCGGGAGCUGCAGGGGGUGCGCCUGCUGACCCAUGCGCUGGAGCUGACGUUGGGGGCGUCCCCAGAGGAGAGCCCCCCUGAGUUCCUCCCUGCACAGGAGACAGAGCGGGCCAUGGAGAUCCUCAAAGUUCUCUUCAACAUCACCUUCGAUUUGGUCAAGCAGGAGGUGGAUGAGGAUGAUGCUGCCUGUUACCGGCAUCUGGGGAUCCUUCUGCGGCACUGUGUGAUGGUCUCGGCUGCCGGCGACCGCACGGAGGAGUUCCACGGCCAUGCAGUGAAUCUCCUGGGAAACUUGCCACUUGAGUGCCUUGACGUCCUCCUCACUCCGGAGCUGCACACAGGCUCCCUGGAGUUCAUGGGAGUGAACAUGGACGUGAUUCAUGCUCUCCUUGACUUUCUGGAGCGGCGUUUGGACCAGACGCACCGGCUGAAGGAGAGCGUGGCUCCUGUGUUGAGCGUGCUGACUGAGUGUGCCCGUGCACACCGCCCAGCCAGGAAGUUCCUAAAGGCCCAGGUGCUGCCCCCGCUGCGGGACGUGAGCACCCGCCCCGAGGUGGGGGGACUUCUGCGCAACAGGCUGGUCCGCCUCAUGACACACCUGGACACUGACGUGAAGCGCGUGGCUGCUGAGUUCCUGUUUGUACUCUGCGCCGAGAGUGUGCCCCGAUUCAUCAAGUACACGGGCUACGGGAACGCCGCCGGUCUCCUGGCUGCCAGGGGCCUCAUGGCAGGGGGCCGUGCCUCAGGCCAGUACUCGGAGGACGAGGACACAGACACGGAGGAGUACAAGGAAGCCAAGGCCAGCAUAAACCCCGUGACGGGGAGGGUGGAGGAGAAGCCACCCAACCCCAUGGAGGGUAUGACAGAGGAGCAGAAGGAACAUGAGGCCAUGAAGCUGGUGAACAUGUUUGACAGGCUUUCCAGGACUUCUCCCACUAUGGAUGGAAAAGCAAACAUUUGAAGUUAUCUCUUCUCUGUAUUUUAUUGACUAUGCAAAGGUAUUCAACCGUAUGGAUCAUAAUAAAUUAUGGAUAACAUUGCAAAGAAUGAGAAUUCAAGAACACUUAAUUGUGCUCAUGAGGAACCUGUACAUAGACCAAGAAGCAGUCCUUCAAACAGAACAAGGGGAUAUACUGUGUGGUUUAAAGUCAGGAAAGGUGUGUGUCAGGGUUGUAUCCUUUCACCAUACUUAUUCCAUCUGUAUGCUGAGCAAAUAAUCCGAGAAGCUGGACUAUAUGAAGAAGAACAGGGCAUCAGGAUUGGAGGAAGACUCAUUAACAACCUGCUUUAUGCAGAUGACACAACCUUGCUUGCUGAAAGUGAAGAGGACUUGAAGCACUUACGAAGAUCAAAGACCACAGCCUUCAGUAUGGAUUACACCUCAACAAAAACAAAAACCCUCACAACUGGACCAAUGAGCAACAUCAUAAUAAACAGAGAAAAGACUGAAGUUGUCAAGGAUUUCAUUUUACUUGGAUCCACAAUCAACACCCAUGGAAGCAGCAGUCAGGAAAUCAAAAGACACAUUGCAUUGGACAAAUCUGUUGCAAAGGACUUCUUUAAAGUGUUGAAGAGCGAAGAUGUCACCUUGAAGACUAAGGUGUACCUGACCCAAGCCAUGAUGUGUUCAGUAGCGUUAUAUGCAUGUGAAAGCUAGACGAUGGAUAAGAAAGACUGAAGAAUUGACGCCUUUGAAUUGUGACUUUUUGGUGAAGAAUAUUGAAUAUACCAUGAACUGCACAAAGAACAAACAAAUCUGUCUUGGAAGAAAUACAACCACAAUGCUUCCUAUAAACAAGGAUGGCGAGACUACGUCUUACAUACUUUGGACAUGUUAUCAGGAGGGAUCAGUCCCUGGAGAAGGAUAUCAUGCUUGGUAAAAUAGAGCGUCACCGAAGAAGAGGAAGACCCUCAACAAGAUGGACUGACACAGUGGCUACAACAAUGGGCUCAAGCAUAACAAGGAUUGUGAGGGUGGUGCAGGACUGGGCAGUGUUUGGUUCUGUAGUACACAGGGUCCCCUAUGAGUCAGAACUGACUCGGCGGUACCUAACAACAACAGACAUCUCUGUGUACCACUUAUUCUUUUUGACUUUGUUUUAAAAAAAUGUUUCUAAAAACAAAUACAUUUCUUAAAAUUAUGUUUAGAGAAACCUAGCUUUCUGUAAGUUCUCAUGUAAAAAGGUAUUACCCUCAUU